AUGUCCCUACCAAUUCUUAGACAAUCCAUCAAAAGAUCUACUUUCAUACGUCUAUAUUCUUCCGAAUCCUCCAAACCCUCUUCUUCUCCUGCUUUGCCUACUGUAAAAGAUGUUGGUACUCCUGAUAUAAAUAACGCCUUUCAACAAGCUCCCAACAGAAUCGCUCCUUGGUCUCAAUCUCAAAAACCAAAAAAUCAAAUAUUUUCCUCCCUCAGAUUUAUUCAAAAAGACUUGUCAAAACAACCACAACCUUAUUCUGCUAUGGAACUAAUCCAAAAACAUCCAAUCCAAUACAUCUCCAAAAACAUAGCUGUUUGUAAUGGAAAUAAAGGUCCUCACCAAGGUCACCCCAGAGUUUAUAUCAACCUAGAUAAUGUAGCUGCCGUACCAUGUGGUUAUUGUGGUACUCGAUAUGCAAAAGAAGAAUUUAAAGAUCUAAUUGAAAGCAAGUCUUCCUAA